GGCCCGCUGUCCGUCAAAAAAGCUCCAACAUCGGCCUUUUUCCAUUUUGCUGAGAGAUUUUAGCGUUAAGCCAGGGAUACUCCUUCUGCUACCACUGCAGUCUCAGCUUCUCAGUCACUCAACGCUCUCUCUCUCUCUCUCUCUCUCUCUCUCUCUCUCAAGCCUCUUGCAGAAAUGCAGAUUGCGUAGGUUUCUGCGGAAACAAUGGCGGUUUCCGGCCAAGAUGCCGGCGGCGGCGGAAGCUCAGGGAGAUCCGUCUUUCACAGUCUGGCCUCCAAAACGCCAAUUAUGGGGCUGAAACUCUACGUCCUGAUCGGAAUAUGCUUUGCGUGCAUAAUCGUAGUCUUUUUCCUGGUUUUCCUUCGUCUUCGUUCGAAUCGAAACUCGAGACGGCGAGGGACGCUGGUUAAGCACGGUUCGGGGUUGUUACCUCUGGUCUCGGAGGAGAUCAUCCAAAUCAAGGGAUCGGAUCUAGCGGAGAAGGGGAAAAUCGAUGGACAUGAGAAGGAGAGAGGUGCGAAUGUCAGGGCGAAGUUGGGGAAAGUGAUUGGGGUUGAGAUCGGGAAAGGGAGUUCAGGAAGCAACGUCUCCGGCGGGAGCCAAAGCGAAACGACGUCGUCGUCGGCGGUGUCGGCCGACGGACCGAACAUCGGGUGGGGCCGGUGGUACAGCUUAAAGGAGCUGGAGGUGGCGACACGAGGAUUUUCGGAUGAGAAUGUGAUCGGUGAAGGCGGUUACGGGAUUGUAUACAGAGGGGUUUUACAGGAUGGCUCGGUGGUUGCGGUGAAGAAUCUUCUAAAUAACAAGGGUCAGGCAGAGAAGGAGUUCAAGGUGGAAGUGGAAGCAAUUGGAAAAGUGAGGCACAAGAAUCUGGUGGGUCUUAUUGGGUAUUGUGCAGACGGUGCUAGAAGGUCGCUUGUGUACGAGUACGUUGACAAUGGCAACCUGGAGCAAUGGCUACAUGGUGAUGUAGGGCCCGUUAGUCCUCUCACUUGGGAUGUUCGGAUGAGGAUUGCAGUUGGGACGGCAAAAGGACUAGCCUAUUUACAUGAAGGACUAGAACCCAAAGUUGUGCAUCGUGAUGUGAAAUCUAGUAAUAUUCUUCUGGAUAGAAAAUGGAAUGCUAAAGUGUCAGAUUUUGGACUGGCUAAGCUUUUGGGACCCGAGAAGAGUUAUGUGACUACGAGAGUAAUGGGAACAUUCGGCUAUGUCUCUCCAGAAUAUGCAAGUACAGGUAUGCUCAAUGAGUGGAGCGAUGUGUAUAGUUUUGGGGUUCUGCUUAUGGAAUUAAUCACAGGAAAGAGCCCAGUUGAUUAUUCAAGAGCACCUGGAGAGAUGAACUUGGUUGAUUGGUUCAAAGGAAUGGUCGCAAAUCGGCGUGGGGAGGAGAUGUUGGACCCCCUGAUUCGAGUGCAGCCUUCUCCAAGAGCAUUGAAGAGAGUGUUGUUGGUCUGCCUUCGCUGUGUGGAUUUGGAUGCUAAAAAACGACCAAAGAUGGGGCAAAUAAUACACAUGCUGGAGGGUGAUGAGUUUCCUUUUCGAUCUGAACCUCGGACAACCAGAGAAACAGCUCCUCUGCGUUCCCAUGCGACUGUUGUUACUGGCAAAGUCUCACGUGCAUCCAAGGAUGAAGCGGGCGGUGACGGGCUGAGAUCAAAAUGGAGAUAAGUAUUUUCUGCUCAAGAAAUGCUGCAUGGAAAGGUAAAAUAUUUUUGUAGCGUGUACAUAAUUUUACAUGGAUCUACGGAGCGGAAUCACAUUGUUGCUUAUCAUUUGUGCUUGAACACAAUUGUUGGUUGUCCAAUAAGUUGAACUUCAUCUUCAAGUCUUACACUUAGCCCUUGUAUAUUGCUGAUUCCCACUAUUGACUAUUCCCAUGAUAUGUGAAGUAUAUUUAACAACACAAACCUAAAAGCCCCUUUAGUUGCGGUUUACUACAUGACUUCAAAUUCUCCAUGUGUUAUAACUAACUCUUAAUUUAAAAUCUUUAACUUGAUUGAAGGUAAAAAAGAAUUGACAAAAUUGUUUGUUUUUUUCCUAAGUUACAAAAAAUUAGUUACAUAUUGUUUGUUAGGCAAAUUUAAGUUCCUGUUGUAGCAUGCCUUUGUAAUUUUCAUUAUUGGUGACCAUUCUAUUCUAUCCAUUUUUUGUUGUAAUAUUUCUGAUGGUAUUUAUUAGGUGCUUUCUCUUUGUGUUAUUAAAUCAUAUAAAAAAAUUUAUCUUCCAAUUGAAAUUUAUUCUAUCGAUAUGUUUAUUAAGGGAGC